GCUGAGGCAUCUUUGCCUCUUUCCCUCUUCCGUGUUCUGCUGGCUCAUGGCUCUGCCUGGCAGUCUUGUUCUCUUCUUGUUUCUUUUUGUCUUUCUGCUCCCUCUCCUUUGUUCUCCACUCUUCACAAUCAGUGAUCACGUAAGGAUGCUCCUGAGUGUUGUCCUCAGUGUGAAUCAUGCUGGGUCCCAUCUCGUGGUUUGCUGCUUAGGAGUUUGAAAGAGAACCCAGCUGGGGACGUAGACAGGGACCCACAGAAAGCAGCCGUAGCUGACCCAUGCCUCAUGAAGACUACAAAGGGGCUCACGCCAGCACGAACGCAAGGCAACUCCUUUCAGAAGCGCCAGCUCGGCAAUGAAACUCGGCUGCGCAGCAAACCACACACGGAAUACGCACGGUUACCAAAGCUGCCGCUCAGAGUUCACACAGCGCCAACCCACAGCUGUAUCUAAUGCGAUGUCUUUGUCUCUGGAUCUCUUUCGUCUUCGUGCCCGCGCGCACUCGCAUGACACUCAACAGAAACAUCCAAGCUCUCUCAGUCCGGGGGCGGUGAUCCUAGCCUGGCCGAGCGUACCCAUGUUUCUGAGCUCCGGUCCGCAAGGCUGUCAGCUCGCCUUGCCUUUCGUCUAUCCUGACCUUCUCAGAUAAGCAUUUGCUUACCGAGGGGGCGAGGGGGCGUCCUCAGAAUCCCUCCGAGAGAGAGAGAGAGAGAGAGAGAGAGAGAGAGAGAGAGAGAGAGAGAGAGAGAGACAGAGACAGAGACAGAGACAGAGACACAGAGACAGAGACAGACAGAGACAGACAGAGACAGAGAGAGCGCCCAAAGGCUAGCCUUUCCCUUCCACUGCGCGCAGUUGAUGGUGAGGCACCAGCUCCUACCACGGCAUCCCUGGACGACAGAAACAGCUCAGAUGGUCCAACCCAGGGCUGACUUUCUUCAAAAGUAAUCCAAGACAGUCACUUCUGUCAUCAGGAUGGACUUGCAGAACAAGUGAUAGAUGGCAGAGACACAAACAGACGACCGAUCGGCCGGCCUAGCUCUAGAGACUCUCACCUGUCUGUCCUGUUGGUUAUCCGGACGGUUAGCCAGAGGAUCCGGGGCCCCCGCACAGCUCCGGGACUCUGGAAGAUAGUUCCGAGGGUGGGGACCUUCGAGAACCAGCCCACACUGAACUCCUCCCUCCUUGUGGCAGCAGCAAGGUGGGACGGGCCAGGACGUCUGCUUAGCACCUCCUCCAGAAAUGCAGCACUUGGGGGGCCCCCACCCUUUCGCGCGCUCCUUCCCACCGACCUCCCAGGGGUGCACCUCUCCAGCCUCGGUCGCGCUUCCGAAACCUUUGGUGCCCCCUUUUCCUGGUCCCGACCCCCCACCUCACGCCCCCUGGUCUGGACAGCAUCUCCCCCUCGCCGCCCUCCGCCCACGCACCGCCUGACUCCGAGGGGUGCGAGCGCAUUGGGCUGCGCCCGCGUGGGGGCGCCGCGCCAGCCUCGCGUAGCUGUUCUGACGCUGCCGUCGCCGCCGCCCUCCGCAGCCCAGCCGGCACCCGCACCAGCUCUGCAGUGCACUCGUCGCCUCUCGGGCCGGUCCCACCAAGAGCCAGACUGUCGUGACCGGGGCCAGCCUCGAACGUCAGGCGCGAGGGUCAUGAGCCAGAGCGCCCUGGGGCGCCGCGCGGAGACCCAGCGGAGAUAGCAGUCCUCGCUGCCUUGACGCGCGCCCGCCGCGUCCCCAGACCCUUCUGUCCUUUUCUCCCGCCCCGCCGCCGCCAUGGCCACCCUGCUCCGCAGCAAGCUGACCAAUGUGGCCACCUCCGUGUCCAACAAGUCCCAGGCCAAGGUGAGCGGCAUGUUUGCCAGGAUGGGGUUUCAGGCGGCCACCGAUGAGGAAGCGGUGGGCUUCGCGCACUGCGACGAUCUCGACUUUGAGCAUCGCCAGGGCCUGCAGAUGGACAUCCUGAAAUCGGAAGGCGAGCCCUGCGGAGACGAGGGCGCAGAAGCUCCCGUCGAGGGAGACAUUCAUUAUCAGCGCGGCGGCGCUCCUCUGCCACCCUCUGGCUCCAAGGACCAGGCCGUGGGAGCUGGUGGGGAGUUCGGGGGUCACGACAAACCCAAGAUCACGGCGUGGGAAGCGGGCUGGAACGUGACAAAUGCCAUUCAGGGCAUGUUCGUGCUGGGCCUACCCUACGCCAUCCUCCACGGCGGCUACCUGGGGUUGUUCCUCAUCAUCUUCGCCGCAGUGGUGUGCUGCUACACCGGCAAGAUCCUCAUCGCGUGCCUGUACGAGGAGAACGAAGACGGGGAGGUGGUGCGCGUGCGGGACUCGUAUGUGGCCAUAGCUAACGCAUGCUGCGCUCCUCGAUUCCCCACCCUGGGCGGCCGCGUGGUCAAUGUGGCGCAGAUCAUCGAGCUGGUGAUGACGUGUAUCUUGUACGUCGUGGUGAGCGGCAACCUCAUGUACAACAGUUUCCCGGGGCUGCCCGUGUCGCAGAAGUCCUGGUCCAUCAUAGCCACAGCGGUGCUGCUGCCCUGCGCCUUCCUGAAGAAUCUCAAGGCCGUGUCCAAGUUCAGUCUGCUGUGUACGCUGGCCCACUUCGUCAUCAACAUCCUGGUCAUCGCUUACUGUCUCUCUCGCGCGCGUGAUUGGGCCUGGGAGAAGGUGAAGUUCUACAUCGACGUCAAGAAGUUUCCCAUCUCCAUUGGCAUCAUCGUGUUCAGCUACACGUCGCAGAUCUUCCUGCCCUCUCUCGAAGGCAACAUGCAGCAGCCCAGCGAAUUCCACUGCAUGAUGAACUGGACACACAUCGCCGCCUGCGUGCUCAAGGGUCUCUUCGCGCUCGUCGCCUACCUCACCUGGGCCGACGAGACCAAGGAAGUCAUCACGGAUAACCUGCCCGGCUCCAUCCGCGCCGUGGUCAACCUCUUCCUGGUGGCCAAGGCGCUGCUGUCCUAUCCGUUGCCCUUCUUCGCGGCCGUCGAAGUGCUGGAGAAGUCUCUCUUCCAGGAAGGCAGUCGCGCCUUCUUCCCCGCCUGCUAUGGAGGCGACGGUCGCCUUAAGUCCUGGGGGCUGACGCUGCGCUGCGCGCUGGUGGUCUUCACGCUGCUCAUGGCCAUCUACGUGCCACACUUCGCGCUGCUCAUGGGCCUCACGGGCAGCCUCACAGGCGCCGGCCUCUGCUUCCUGCUGCCCAGCCUCUUCCACUUGCGCCUUCUCUGGCGCAAGCUGCUGUGGCACCAGGUCUUCUUCGAUGUGGCCAUCUUCGUCAUCGGCGGCAUCUGCAGCGUGUCCGGCUUCGUGCAUUCACUCGAGGGUCUCAUCGAGGCCUACCGAACCAACGCAGAGGACUAGGGGGUGGGGACCCUGCCCCCAGCUCCAUCCCCGCCCACCCCCACUCCCCGUCAUUCCCGCCCCCACCCCCACUCCCAGCCUCCUGCGCCGUCGCGCUAGGGAGGCCGAGCUUUAAACACCUCCGGUUCCUAGUUGCUGAUUAUUCGGGGACCGGGUGGGGGAGGGAGGGGAUAGACAUCCAAGGUCCACUGCGUCUGCGUUUCUGUCGUCCUUUCUAUUCCACAUCGCCCUGAUUGGGGGGAGGGAGCGGAGCGUAUUAGUGAAGGGUAUUUUCUGUCCUUCCUGGAACACCCCAUCACCACCACCACCAAAUUUUGGCUCCUGUCAACGACGGGGGUGGGAAGGGAGGGAAAGUUCGCAGGCUUGGAAACUUGACCUUGAGGGUGGGGUGGGGCCAUUUCACAGCCAUUCAGUGCUUGGAAUCUACAGCGUCCAGCCAUUUCCAGCAAGAGCGCUCCCCAUGCCCUGGACAUUUCAACCUUGCGGCCUGAAAGGUUGACCGGGAAAUCCAUUUCGGGCGGGCGACUUCACUCUGGAGAAGCCGCGGCAGGGGCCCCGUUUGCCUGCCGGUUUUCAGGAACCCAAACUCAUCUUGUGCAAUGUAUCCGGUCGUGGAACUGUAUACUGUGCGUGUGGUGUGCUCGUGGUGAAUAAGAUGAAAUGUAUAUCAGAAAAAAAUCUAUCUCUAAUUUAGAGUGCGGUGCAUAAUAAUUAUAUCCGCAAAUAAAGAAGAAACAAAGGCG